ACAACGAUACAUUCAUCCGGGAUAUGGGAAAAUGUCGUUCUCGUCUCGAAGCAACAGUUUUCUUCGUGUUUAUGGAGUAGUGCAAAAUGCCUGAACAAUCGCCUGAAAAUCUUCAGGUCGAAACAAAAGACACAGAGCCCGAAGAAGGCAGUGCUGAUAAAGAGCAAGAGGCAGAAACAAAGCCGCAGGAAGAUGUGCUUGAUGGAGAUGACAUCAAGAAGAAAGAUCCGUACGAUGCCAUGCGACAAGAACCUCAUCUCACCAACUUGAUUGUGGAAUCAUAUCUCGGAGAGAAAAACGAGCUGGGUUUUUUUCAUGGAGUUGGGACAGCCUAUUUCCGGGGUAAUCAUGUGUACUCUGGGUCGUUUGUGAACGGUUUGAUGGACGGGAAAGGGCAAUACAUGUGGGCUAAUGGCAUUAGAUAUGAGGGAGAUUUCAAGAACAACAUCAUUGAAGGUACAGGUUUGUACACUUGGACUGAUGAAAGCACCUACGAGGGUGAAGUGAGGGGUGGCUUGAGACAUGGCCAAGGCACAUUCACCUGUGGAACAAUUCCUUCUUCAUACACUGGAGAAUGGAAAUAUGGCAGACGCUGUGGAGAAGGAGUUCUGCGCUAUGGCAAAGAAGGCUUGUCAUAUUAUGAUGGACACUGGAUGAACAACAAGAGGCAUGGAUUUGGCAUGAGGAGGUAUGCCUCAGGGAAUAUAUACAAAGGAGAUUGGAGGGACAAUGUCAGGCAUGGUACAGGAACUAUGCACUGGUACGACAAGAAUGAGAGAUAUGAAGGGCAGUGGGAGAAUGGUGUUCAGCAUGGCCGCGGAGAACAUUCCUGGUAUUUGAAGCGUGUUCCUGGCUCCCAGUACCCCCUGCGUAAUUACUAUGUUGGGGAGUGGGUGAGUGGACUGCGUCAUGGUCAUGGAACAUUUUACUAUGCCACAGGUGCUAGGUAUGUGGGCGAAUGGAUGAACAACAUGAAGCAUGGCCAUGGCAAGUACAUAUUCAAGAACGGUUUGGUAUUUGAAGGUACUUUUGAACUGGAUCACAUGUUGGACUUUCCAGAAAUUAACCCCUCUGGCAUGGUGACCCCUGACAUAAUGAACUCUGGGCUUCCAAUUCGACCUGGCACCCCAGUGCGAUCUGCAUCGCCUUUCAUGACCCUAGAAAAUUCUGCAAAUCCACUUAACUUGAGUAUUGAUCUUCUUUUUGAUGAGAGGGAUCUUGAUUUGUAUGAGCGGGAUGAUGAACUCCAACGGGUCACCCAUGUAAUGCUACGGCAUGUUAGCAAACUGAAGAAGAUUUACAGUUUCUACUCUUGCCUUGGUCGGCAGGAGUCUGUUGAUAACACUUUUGUCAUGAGUCGCCUUCAGUUCUGGCGCUUCUUAAAGGACUGUAAAGUCCAUCAUCAUGGCUUUACUAUAUCAGAGUUGGACCGUACUAUUGCACCAGAUAACACGAAUGAUGUUCAUGAGCCACAGCAUGAGGUUCUCAUGCGAGAAUUUUUGAAUGCGAUUAUCAUCAUUGCAUACCAUCUUUAUAACGAAGACCACCAUGGCCAAGAACCUCUUCUUCCGUGGUGUGUGUCACAGCUCAUCACAGAAAACAUCAUGAAGAAUCCUUGCAAAGUUGGUGGAAGCUUGUUUAUGGAUGACCAAAGAGCCAUUGAAGCUGUGAAGUACAUGUCUAAGAGCUGGGACAUUUUUUGUGGUUUGUGCAUUCCAAACACACACUACCCACAUGAACUGAUAUUUAAAUCCAGACAGUUUGUGUUUGUGCUCAGUGACUUCCGUCUCAUCAAUUCAGACUUGAGUCCCAAGGAAGUGCUGCAGAUUCUUGCCAAGGAUAACCCAGAAUUGGCGCAAGAGGACUUCUGUAAUCUUGAGCUGGAGAUGACUUUCCUGGAGUUUUUUGAAGCCCUUAUUGACUGUGCUACAGUCUAUGUUACAGACGCAGUUCUAAAAGGACAUCUCUCACCGAAAGAAACCCCAGUUCCAUCUUCCAGGUCCCAAAGUGCUGCAAGCUUCACUCCAGCUACGUCAAAACCAGGGAUAGACAGCCCAGAUGAAGAUCAGUUUCCAACUGCAAACUCAGCUACUGAGACCCCAGGAGGUGCAGAGUCACCUGACAGAGUAUCCAGAGUCAUGUCUGUGACGUCAGAGCCGAAGGUUCCUCGCACACCAUCAGCUGAAUCACCAACAAAAAGCAGAGAGGCCCCUGUUCCCAGGCAUACUGCCUCUGCAAAAAGCACUGAACUUCUCCCAAACUCACAAGAAGGCAGUAAAAGAAUCCCAUCAGUUCACUCUAGUGCAAAUGCUGCUAAUCAGUCUUCUGGAACUGUGGGAUUUGAAGAAGGAGAACCUGACAACCUGGUCGAGGUUCAAAGCCCAAGUCUUGGAGUUCCAGCUGACCCCAGUCAAGUCGAUCAGCCUGAUCAACUACACAUCUGGUGCUUGCAGCUCGACAUCUUCUUUGAUAAGUUCUUUCAAGCUGCAGAUCACUUGGAGAUGAUCAAGCGAGCACAAGAGAAAAAAUCUUGAGUCAACCGGCCUGUGUAUUUAUAAUGUAAGAAGUUCGUGCGGUCAUGUGAAUGUUCCCUUUCGAACCUUAAAUUGUACAUGUGAACAUUAGGGUGGCAUUGUGACAAGUUUAAUUAUUUAAGGCCAUACUGACGGCCUCUUGACAAUGUUCAUUUUGUCUUUAAUUUGAUAUUUGUUUAUAGAGGAAAUAUUAGGUCGUCUUUUAAUCCUUUGGUAAAUGGAUUAACUCCAUCAUGGUACAUUGUAUAAAAGUGUUGUUAGGAUUUUUUUUAGGUGUUUGCAUGUACUCCAGCUGGAGGAAUUUCUAAUUUCAGGCUCCGUAAUGUAGCAGUUUGCCGUAUUUUAAUCCAUAACAUGGGAAAAUUCCUCAAGGAUGAGCUGUCAAACAUUUAGUGCUAAUAAAACUUACUGAUGUCUUUUA